AUGGUACUUGUCACUCUUUCAAACGAACAAAAAACGCAGGUUCGAAAUGCCUUCACGUUGAUCGACAGCGACUCCAAGGAUGGAAAAAUCACCCUUUCGGAUUUGGUCAAUGUCCACAAAACUUUGGGCUUGGAGCUACCUUCAGACGAAACACUCAAAGACAUGCUAGGCGGCGGGGAUCUGAUUACGUUUGCGCAGUUUUCACAGGUGAUUGCUGUGGAGUUGAGUAAAGUCGACGACAAGACAACGAUUGUCAACGCUUUGAAAGUGUUCACCACGGAGGAAAACAAGUUCAACCUUAUAGUGGACUUUGACGAGUUGAAGGAAGCGUGCUGUUCGGUGCAGCUAGGCGACAUUGGCUCAGGAGACCACCGCCUCUCUCGCCAGGCGUUUGACUCGCUCACCAAGGGCUUUGUGAAGGAGCAGAUGGACGGCAAGAAGCUAUUCUACGGCUCCAACUGGAUCGGGGCGUACAUAGAGUAA